CUGAGAAAUGUUUGAAAAUAGUGAGUCAUCCGAGCGAGACGUUCACUCCGCGACGUCGUUGUGCAAAGAAUCAGAAUCGACUUUAAUGGUCAAGGAAUUUUUCUCUGGCUGCGCUGGUACCGCAUUCAGAACAAACAAGAGACUAGAUCUGAAGUUGAAAUAUAUAUUUUUUUUAUAAAGUAGUGCCAAAGCUGGAUGUUUUGGAGACUAGGUUCGAUCGAGAGAGCGGAGUUGUAUGGUUUGGACAUGUCCAGAGGCAAGAGAGAGUCUGAGGAUGGAGCUGUCCAGGAAGACCAAAGAGAAGGUGGGAAGAUGCACGAGAACGGCUUGGAUGGCAAAAGAUGACACGCUUGAGUUUUUAUCUUUUUCCCUGUUUUGACAUGGAACCCUUCAGUGUCUUGACAGCCAAUAAAGUCGGUUCCAUGGGGGGUUGGGGAGAAGACUUGUGAGACAAGACGCACGGGCCAAACUGUUCAAAAAAGGAUGCAAAUCUUUUCCCGUUGCCUGUUCAAGUGCGCGUGUUGGUCGCGAUGAGACAAAAGUUGUCCGUUUCGCCGUUGCUGUGGAACCCUCGAUUCGUUGGUUCCGGUUGCCGGGAGGAAACAUUUCACAGACGAACGCGCCCGAAGCGGAAGUGUCCCUCGCGUCGUGCUCGGAGCCUUUUCAGCUCUUUCUCACUUGGCGAUGAUUUCCGAAAUGUCCUUUUGAAAGACGACCAUGUCGGAAUUUUCCCAAUUACUGGACGAGCUUGACGGGGACGCCGCCGACGACCCCCCGCCCUCGUCGGCGGCGACGUUGUUGGCCAAACUGCGGCGGCGUCUGAUCGACGGCCCGCCGGACCCGAGCCGUCUCGUCGACGCGCUGGCCGCCUUCCUCCGAGCGGCCGAUCCCCGUUGGCUGUUCGAGCCGGCCGACGGCGCGGCGGCCCUGGAGGCGGCGUACGCGUCCGCCGUCGGCGCUCUGACCGCCCUCCCGCCGUCGGAGCCCGCCCGCGGCGGCCCCCCGGCGGCCGACGUCCACGCGCACGUGCCGGACGCGGCCGCCCGCGUGUGCGCCGCCCUGCGAGGCCUGCUGGGAAAAGCGGAGGCGGCGGGCCCGGACGGAGGCGCCCGAGGGGUCCUGAUGGCCGUGGCGCCGCACGUGUGCGUGUAUGUCGCCACGCACGCGCAGGACCAGCCGUGGACCAGCCGCGCGUCCCGGGAAGCGGCCCGUCGUCUCGGGACGGCGCUGCUCGCGGCCGGAGGCUGGCGAGACGCCGCCCACAUGCUGACGGGGGAGCGGGACGCUGUCGGGGGGGGCCUUCUGGAAGCAGUCCUGGACGUCCUGCGGCCUGGGCUCAGCGGGGAAGCGAGCCAGAGGGACGACCGGGCGGAGGCGGCGUUUGCCUGGACGCUCUUCCAGGUGCCGCGCCCCUGCCUGGCCCCUCACCUGCCCCGCCUCCUGGGCCCCGCCCUCCUCCUCAGCGACCACCACGAGCCCCGAAAGUGCAUGCUGGGACUUCGCUGCCUGCACCACAUCGUGGACAACACGGCUUCCAGCGAGUUGCGCGCCUUGAAGCGGGCGGACGUGAUGUACGACGCCUUGCUCAGACUCGCCUACGGCGCCAAAAGCGCCGACGUCAUGCAGCUCGUUCUGCGUUGUCUGCUGGACCUGCUGGCGGUUUUGGAGAGCCCCACCUCGUCCGUCCCCGCCCCGCGGAGGGCCCGUCGCCACGACGACGUGCUGCGGCUGAUCCUCACGCGCAUGGAGGCCGAACACGAGGCGGCGCUCAGGAGAGUCUACGCGGGGGCGCUGCCGGCCUACCUGGAAAGGAUGGGGGCGCACGCCUGUCGUCACCUCCGUCGUCUGGGCCGCGUGGUGCCCGCCUACCUGGAGGUCAGCGACGCCCCCGAAGAGGUCGCCAGAAUCUGCGCCCUUCGGGCCCUCGAACGCAUCUUGGAGGCGGCGUGGCCACGGUUAGCGGCUAGCGUUAGCGUGUGGCUGCCGUCUUUGCUGCGCCUGCUGGCGGACGCGACCUCCGAGCCCCGCCCCCGCCGGGACGCCGCGCACGAGUUGCGCCGUCGAGCCGCCCGAUGCGCCGCCCUGCUGGUGGCCGCUGCUGGCGGCGAGCGCCUGCGGGUGAGUGUGCGUGUGCAAAACUGCAAGUGUCUUGCGUGUGUGACAACACACGAUGUUACGAUGUGUGUGCGUUUAACGCUGCAUGUUUUCCAUCACACGAAGGUGCGUGCGCAACUCUUGUUUUUCUUGACACAAGUUGUGUGUGCGCACCUUUAUCACGACACAACUAUUUGUUUUUAACAACAGUAAUAUGGAUGUGUUGAAUGAUUCUUGGCUGUGUGCGUGCGUGCGUGCGUGCGUGCGUGCGCCACGCCGGAGCAGGUCGACGUGAAAUCUUUUACAGCUGACGUCACAAGUUAUGUCGCAACGGUAACCACGGCAACAGAGAGCUGAUCCCUUUGGCCAUUGGAGCAGCUGUUCGGUCGUCCCGGCGACACCUGCAUCUUUUUCAUCCUGCUGGACUUUCAGAAUAAAAGCUGAUUUGGAAACGA